UUUAUAUCCUAUUGUUCAAGGUCAAAUUGUUGAUUAAUUAAUACUCAGACUGAUAUAAUUCAUUUCAUACAUUCACAAAAUUGGUAAUAAAAUUUAUUCCGAUUGAACCUUUUCAAGUAUUUUGUCUUUUAAUAAUCCGCAUUCAUUUCUAACACUUAAAAUCAACUAUGAUUCUUUUUCUUCUUAUCUGCUCCUUUUAUUACCUUAUUGUUCUCUUAAUGGAAUAAUAUAAAUAGUUAUCAUGAAUCACAUUAUCACCGUCACCAUAAUUUAUACUACUUAUCAAAACUAUCCAUUAAGAAAACAUGGUAGAAUUAUUAGCUGAGAUCCAUACAUGAAUCGAUGAAUACUGAAUCAGAUCAAAAUAAGUUGCUACAAAAAUUUAAAAAUUUACGCAAAGAACCACAAAAACAAGUAGACUAUUUAACAAAUGCAAUAAAUGAUAUCGAAGAAAAUCUUAUUCGAAAUAAAGAAAGUUAUAAAAUACAAAUGCAGAAAAUCGAUCAACUAUUUCGAGCUAAUGUGAACGAUCUAAAUGAACAGAUAAAUCAAUUGAAAAAUGACCUUGAAAUUCAGUCACUUCAUUUGAAACAAAUUGAAAAGUGGUUAAAAGCAACACGGGGAUGGAUUUUAAUUCGAAAAUAUUUGUAUAAACAGAAAUAUCGUAAAUGGAAAAUGGAAUUGUUACGAACUCAUUAUCAUAUUGAAGAUGCAUAUGAAGCAUUCAAUAAAACUGUAUUCGGUAAUGAAGCUAAUCAUCCAAUAUGGAAAGUAUGUACAAAUUCAUUAGCAACAGUACAAUAUCCUACUUCUAAUAACUGGAUAAAUGAACAAUCUUGGCUUCAUUAUAGAAAACAAAUUAUUGAAUCACAAUUAAGUACAAAAAAUAAAGAUGAAAUAAAAUGCAUUCAACAUAGAUUACGUAGUCGUAAAAUUACUCAACAAAUAUUUAAUCAUCAUUCUAAUAGAGAAUCUCAUGAAAAUAAUGAAGAUUAUGUUGAUGAAAUUAAUGAAUCAAAGCAACAAGAUGAAUUAACAAAUUAUCCUUACAGCAUAAAUCAUCCAUUACAUAUACAUGAGCAACAGUUGAUGAAUACAUUUAAUCAAAUAAAAACUGUGCAAUAUUUAAAUCUAAUUGAAUUAAAUGAAAAAGAGAAUGAUUUACAUUCAUUACUAACACACAUUAGGAAUCUGAAAUUUGAUCUUGAUAAUGAAUACACAAAAUAUACACAAAUGAGUUUCAAUGAAAUCGACGAGAAGAAACAACAGUUGAUCAACUUUUCAAAAGUACUAGAUGAAUUAGAAGAAGAAGAGGCUGUUGAAUUCAACAAUUUAAUUAUUAAAGCAAGAAAAACAAAUGAAACAAGGAUUGUACUUAAAAAGGAGUUGAAAUAUUUAAGAAUUAGUCAAAAUAUUAAUGCUAUACAUCGUUUUACUUAUUUUGAUUAUAGGUAUAAUUUACCUUUAUGCAAAUUAUAAAACAAGGUUAUAUUUGUUCUAUAUAAUUGUGGUAUUUGUACUAACUGAUGAUUCAUUUGUACUUGAUUACGUGCUGAUUACAAAUUACAAAUAAUAAUACAUUCAUUUGUGUUCAUCUAAUUCUACCUACCUUAAAUUGCACUAUUUUUGCCAUUCGUAGUUAUCACAUUUUUGGGGUCCCUUAUUUAGAUGUCAAUUAGAUCGGACGAUUUAUUCACUAUAUUUUGUCCAUA